AUGUCUGACCAGCAGCCUGAGGAAUCUAUUUACACUGAUGAGCAGAUGAAGCUUUUGGAGAAACAGAUGAGAACUUCCCCCACUCGUGAGCAGAACAUGCUUAUGCAGGAACAUAUGUUCAGGAGAAUGAUGUUAGAGCGUGAUCCUAAUUAUGUGCCCGCAAAGCGGCCGACAGAUCAGGAAUCUCUGGAAAAGGCGACGAAAGAGCCCCUUCGCGACAUCAUGCGGCGGUUGGAGCGUGCGCCGAAACGACCAAUGGGUUCAGAGAGCGACCUCUCUUAUAUUCAAGGUCAAUGUAUGCAGAAAAUCCGUCAGUUGCAGUAUGACAAGGGACAUGUGUACCACAAAUGCAACAGAUGGCAACAAUUAGAGCUGGACUCAGAAGGAAUGGGGUCCUUCUACUGUGACCUCCCCAUCAAAGCCGACAAUGACCUUGGCUUCCUCGGCCAAAAGCCUGAAUCUUUUCUUCUCUAUGAAUCAGCUUGUCGAGACGGUUCUCUUUCUACAGUCAAAUCUAUCAUCUCUGGUGGGACUUAUAGACCAGUCUUUCUGCACCAUGGCCUCACUAUCGACCUUAGGAGCGGAGACAUAGAGCUCGCCGACUAUUUUCUAUCUAUUGGUGCUCUAGCUCGCAAGACCGCAUUGAAAAUAUCUUUUUGGCGCCAUCAGUCCAGCACGUUCCCCUAUUUAAACUGA